AUGACAGCCGGCUGGAAUGUGUUAGGCGGAUGCCUAUUGAUCUUUGUUCUCCUGAGAUGCUUCCUCCAUAUGACGCAAGACGCUACCGAGCCCUUAAUUGUGGCUUGCGGUAUACCUUUCUUCACCCCAAUAUAUUGGAUGUUUAGGAAAAAAACAAAUUUUUAUGUCUGGCUGAGAUAUCAUCUACCCAUUUAUACAUUGCGCCUUCCAGGAGUGCGUAUGUACGUGGUGAAUUCCACAACACUGAUCACUGCUGUUCAACGACAAAAUAAACUUCUUGCAUUCGCGCCAAUUAAAGUGAAAGCAGCAAUCCGGCUAGCAUCCCCGAGCAAAGCCACGAUCAACAUACUCGAAUCUGAAGCAUUCGGGGAAAUCGGGAGUGGGGAGUACGCGAACAUGUUUCAUAAGGCUAUACAAACUCAGUUGUCUCCUGGGAGUGUUGAGUUUCAAGAUAUGGCGCUUGCGAGCCGACAGGAACGGAUGUUUGGCCUAUAUCAGUGGAUCAGGGAAGAUAUGGUCAUGUCAAUAACGAAUGCUGUGUACGGUCCGGGGAACCCCUUCAAAUACUCGUAUGUUCGUGAAGGUUUUUGGGAAUUCGAGUCUCGGAUGAUGUAUUUGCUUUUGGGACUCUCUGCUCUAGCCAAAGGCAGCAUUAGAGCCCGGGAAACGAUAGUGGAGUCUUUUCGGAGGUACUAUGCAAGCAACGGCCACCGCAGUGGCGCGGGCAUUACCAGGACACGCUACGAGUACAACGCGAAGAAUCAAAUACCCCUUGAAGAUAUUGCGAGAUUUGAAUUAGGUGGGAUGGUUGCGCUCAUUACCAACAUUGUACCCACGACAUUCUGGGUGGUAUAUCAUAUAUACUCAGAUCCCGCCCUUCUCGAAGCUUGCCGGAAUGAAGUCAAUGGCGAAACGUGUGAAACCAACGAUCCCGAAGGAAGAAAGCUACGUACCAUUUGCCUGUCAGGGCUUGAAAAUUCAUGCCCCAGCCUCAUGGCAGUCGUGAAAGAGGUUCUUCGUCUUCACACAGUUGGCACAUCUGUUCGCCGUGUCAUGGAAGACCACAUGCUCAGCGGAAAAUACCUCCUAAAGAAGGGUAGCAUUGUUACGAUCCCCGGGCAGGUGCAGCACAGCGACAAGGCUAUCUGGGGACAGGAUGCCGGCCAGUUCAACCAUGAGCGUUUUUUAACUCCAGCCAGACAUAUCCCACCAUCGGCAUUCCGCGCAUUCGGAGGCGGAGUCAGUCUCUGUCCUGGGAGACAUUUUGCUACAAGUAUGAUCCUCGCUUUCACUGCCAUGUUGAUCAUGAGAUUUGAUUUUGUACCAGUAAGGGGAACUUGGCCUCGUCCCACAACAGAAAGAGCUGGUGCUUGGGAAGUGACACCCCAACCAGACGAAGAUAUUGAGGUCCAAAUUGGUUUCAGGAACAUCGGUGAAAAGCAUCAGCGUUGGGCGUUUAGUUUGUUUUAG